GGUUAAACCCCUAGAGUUCUUUGCAGUUCGAUAUUUUCCCUCUCACUUCACAAAAUCAGACUCCCCCUAACCUGCCACCGUCCACUCCGACCUUCGUCGACGCACGUCCCUUAACACGCACCCUUUAGCAGCACAAGGGACCAAAAGCAACAAUGAGUGUGAUUCAGAAGUUUUUCAUUGCUUCAAUGUUCAUGUGUGCUGUCCCUGUUGCAAUUUUAUAUGGUUUUAACAAUAAUCUGUUUCCUGGAACAGACAAUUUGUCCCCUUACUCUGUGACACUAGUGAGUGGAUUUCUUGCGGUUAUAUCAGUUAAUGUAGUCAUAGCAUUUUACAUAUACUUGGCGAUGAGAGAACCUGCCGAAAAACACAAGCCAGAUCCCAAAUUUCUUGCUGAGGCCAAGGCUAGUAUGAAGCAGCCUACAACCAAUGCUCCGCAAUCUUCUGACUCUCAGAAGAAAGAACAAUAGGCUGUGGGUUUAGGCAGUUAGCCCUCUUUGUUGUACUGUUCUUCUUAGGAAGGAUAGGGGAGAAGGGGAUGAAGGGUGAAGGUCUUGAAUCGUGCAUGCUUUAUCUUAUCUUAGUUAUGAAGUUUGCAUAUGAUCCAUGUUGUGCACAAUCUCUGUUGACAGUAUUUUAUGUAUCUACUAAUCAAUUUAUUGCUCCGUUGCACAGGAUAUUGACAAUUGUUAUUUCUUGAUUAUAACAAUUUUUAUAAGUUAAAUUGUGUUUUGUUGUUAAUAAUUGAUAUUGAUGUAUAUAGUUAAAAGUGACAAACUAUUUUAAUAUUACAAAGUUCGUUAAAUCUUCAUAUUGCCAUUUUUCCAAAGAUGAAGUUUUUUUUUUGUAAAUGAAAACUAUGUAGUGUUUCAUCUGAAAUAAGUAUUAUUUUUAAAACUUUUUGGCUUAUAACCUCAGUUACCCUCUGUUUUUAUCCAUUAAUCCUAAGGAAGAAGUUGAAGACAAAGAAUCUUGGCUCUGUGCGGUAGCAAAAGUCACCAUUUUUCCUUCACCGAACUAGCAAGGAAGAAGACGUCGUCAUGGGAACCGUUGUUAGCAGAGACAUUCCUCAGGCAGGUAAAAAAUGUUGAUGCUUUUGCCAGUUAGUGUACCUUUUUAUUAGUUCCUCCCGCUGUGGUCCCAAUGUUAAAUCCAAGGCUCUAGCCAUCUCCCUAUACAAGGCCAAUGCUUCCUCAUAAAUGCCAUUUUGAGCAUUUCCGGCAAUGACAGUGGUCCAACACACAACAUCCCUCACAGGUAUUCUAUCAAAUACCUUUCUGACACUAUCUAUGUUCAUAGCCAUGGUGCUGCAGUUGGCUCUGCAUCUCUCAAACAAUUAGGGCUGACAAUUCAUACCCUACCCGCGGGUACCCAACCCAGUCCAACCUGUUUGG